CGUCGGGCAGGGGCCUGUUGGUCUGCGGGGGUUCGGCUGCGCACCCCGCCUUCGGCCGGCCGCGGAAGGGCGGCCCUGCAGGAGGAGGAGGCCCCGCAGGAGCAGGACGGCGCGGGGCCUUCACGGGCCGCGAAGCCGGGGAGUCGCGUGAGCGCCGCCCGCCGGGCCGGUCCUCCCCGCGCGCCCAGGCCUCGGGGCCAGCGGUUCGGCUCGGGGUCCGCCGGGACGCGGCCCUCUGAAGGAGUAAACAGGUCAUGGCACGCUUAACAAAAAGACGGCAGGCGGACACAAAAGCUAUCCAGCAUCUUUGGGCAGCCAUUGAGAUUAUACGGAAUCAGAAGCAAAUUGCCAACAUUGACCGUAUUACAAAGUACAUGUCUCGAGUCCACGGUAUGCAUCCAAAAGAGACCACUCGUCAGCUGAGCUUGGCUGUGAAAGAUGGUCUUAUUGUGGAAACGCUAACAGUGGGCUGCAAAGGUUCAAAAGCUGGUAUCGAACAGGAAGGAUAUUGGUUGCCAGGCGAUGAGAUUGCCUACAGUAUGCAGCCUUUCUCCAGGACAGCAACCCCAAACAAGGACUGGGAAACAGAAAAUCAUGACUGGUAUUGUUUUGAAUGCCAUUUGCCUGGAGAGGUGUUGAUAUGUGACCUGUGUUUUCGUGUGUAUCAUUCCAAGUGUUUGUCUGAUGAGUACAGGCUUAGAGACAGCAGUAGUCACUGGCAGUGCCCAGUUUGCAGGAGCAUCAAGAAGAAAAAUACAAACAAGCAGGAGAUGAGUACGUACCUGAGGUUCAUCGUCUCCCGCAUGAAAGAGAGGGCUAUUGACCUUAAUAAAAAGGGGAAGGACAACAAACACCCCAUGUACCGGCGGCUGGUGCACUCGGCGGUCGACGUCCCUGCCAUUCAGGAGAAAGUGAACGAAGGGAAGUACCGAAGUUACGAAGAGUUCAAAGCUGAUGCUCAAUUGCUUCUCCACAACACAGUGAUUUUCUAUGGAGCAGACAGUGAGCAAGCUGACAUAGCAAGGAUGCUCUAUAAAGACACAUGUCAUGAGCUGGAUGAAUUACAACUUUGCAAGAAUUGCUUCUAUUUAUCAAAUGCUCGUCCUGACAAUUGGUUCUGCUAUCCUUGUAUACCUAAUCAUGAACUGGUUUGGGCUAAAAUGAAAGGUUUUGGAUUCUGGCCGGCCAAAGUCAUGCAGAAAGAGGACAAUCAGGUUGACGUCCGCUUCUUCGGUCACCACCACCAGAGGGCCUGGAUUCCUUCUGAAAACAUACAGGACAUCACAGUCAACGUUCACCGGCUGCAUGUUAAGCGCAGUAUGGGCUGGAAGAAGGCCUGUGAUGAGCUGGAGCUGCAUCAGCGCUUCCUUCGUGAAGGGAGGUUUUGGAAGUCUAAGAAUGAGGACCGAGGGGAGGAGGAGGCAGAAUCCAGCAUCUCCUCUACCAGUAAUGAGCAGCUAAAGGUCACUCAAGAACCGAGAACAAAGAAAGGACGACGUAAUCAAAGUGUGGAACCCAAAAAAGAAGAACCAGAGCCUGAAACAGAAGCAGUAAGUUCCAGCCAGGAAAUCCCCACGAUGCCUCAGCCAAUCGAAAAAGUUUCUGUAUCAACUCAGACCAAGAAGUUAAGUGCCUCUUCACCAAGAAUGCUGCAUCGAAGCACCCAGACCACCAGUGACGGAGUGUGUCAAAGCAUGUGCCACGACAAAUACACCAAAAUUUUCAAUGACUUUAAAGACCGAAUGAAGUCUGAUCACAAGCGAGAAACUGAAAGAGUUGUACGAGAAGCUCUAGAAAAGCUGCGUUCUGAAAUGGAAGAAGAAAAAAGACAAGCUGUAAAUAAAGCUGUAGCAAAUAUGCAGGGUGAGAUAGACAGAAAAUGUAAGCAAGUAAAGGAAAAGUGUAAAGAAGAAUUUGUAGAAGAAAUCAAGAAGCUAGCAACCCAGCACAAACAACUAAUUUCUCAGACCAAGAAGAAGCAGUGGUGCUACAACUGUGAGGAGGAGGCCAUGUACCACUGCUGCUGGAACACAUCCUACUGCUCAAUCAAGUGUCAGCAGGAGCACUGGCAUGCGGAACACAAGCGCACCUGUCGCCGGAAAAGAUGAAGGCUGGUUCUUUCUGGAGAAUCACUGACGAUUAUUCUUCUCAGACACAGCGGUUUUUGUUUCCAAGAAGCCAAAAUUGUUUAGAAUUUGCUUCCCAUUUUGCACCAGCCUUUAAACACUUUUCGUGAAGAAAUUUUGCACAGUAGUUAAAUCUUUUGUUAAUGCUCCUCUGGAGUUUUUCAGGGGGUAAAAGUAACAUCAGUGGAGGGUAUUAUUUUAAAUAAAUUUUAAUUGAGAGUUUGUUGCAUUUUCAGCAAAUUUUAAAACAUUUUUAGGUUUUACAGAGAUUUUAACCUUUAAACAACAGAUCUUUAAAAAAACAGCAGGUGAAUACAAGUGAGUUUAACAAAGAAACAUUUAAAAUAGAUCUGAAUGUAAGAACUACAGAACUGUUUCAGAAAUAAAGCAUACUACCUUGAUGUGAAAUUUAUUUCUUAACCUUGUUGAGCUGGUUUUGUUCAGCUUAAUUUACUGUUUAAAGGCAUUAUCUAUUGGUUAUGCCAGUGGGUAUAUGAUUGAUUGAAUUUAGGGAACAGGGUUGACACAGCAGGUGCUAGUCCUGCAUAUUUUUUCUUAAAUAUUUCCCAAUUGUGUUUUUCAUUAUUUCUUUUCAAUAUAUAACUUUUAUAACAAAUUAUUAGCUUUGAUCUUGUAGUUUAAAAUUGCAGGGAACUGGGGUAAUCUUUUACUGAGCUGGAUCUUAGAGAAAAUGAAUAUUUAAAUUUUAAAGUUUGCACAUUUCAUCUUUGUCCUAACAUGAGUGCUUGUAACAAAAUAAACAAAAAUAAAAAGCCAAAAACUACCUUUAUCCAUACACGAAAUUAUAGAUGAGGCAUACAAAUUUCUCUAAUGCUUACCUUCCCUCCCCAAAUAUCAUCUGAUUGAUUGAUUGCCUAUUAUCUGGUGUCACCUCUUACAUUGUAAGUUAAUACUGAAAGGAAAGAAAGCACUUAAGUUUCACAGAAGCCGUUAUGUUUGUAGUAGUGGGUCAUUGCCUACUAAUGAACUCCACCACUGUACACAGAAUGAAGAAUAAUGCAUGUUAAUUUUCUUGUAUUAAAGAUGCCGUGAUUUGUAAAAAGUCUGUAUUUUGCGGAAUGUCUGGAUUAAGAAGCAUUACCAAUAGGAAUGGAUCGAUAGUUGAAUAAUGAUUUUUUUUAUACAUAGACAUAUAAAAUA